ACGGCAGCUGCUUUUCUACUACUUUCCGGCGGCGCCGCUCUCCUGUAGAAAAAAUGCGAAACCACUGCCCUCACGCGUGGCAUCAGCAGCAGCACCGCGGCCGCAUGUGGGCCGCCUCACCGGCCUUCCGCAGGCGCCUCUUCCUCCUCCGUUCCCUUUCCCCCUCCCCCUGCGCCGCCCUCCCCGGCAACGCCGCCUGCUCCUCCUCCCCCUCGCCGUCGACCUCCAUUCGGGUCAACGCGAUGUCGGCAUCGGGCCCCGUGUACGAGGCGGACGCUGAGGCGGUGGUCCGCCGGAUCACCCCGCCGCUCGACCGCGCGCGCCACAAGGGCCAGGCAGGGAAAAUUGCUGUAAUUGGUGGAUGUCGUGAGUACACUGGUGCUCCCUAUUUUGCAGCGAUUUCUGCCUUGAAAGUUGGUGCAGAUCUCUCACAUGUUUUCUGCACAAGAGAUGCUGCAACGGUAAUAAAGAGUUAUAGCCCUGAGCUGAUUGUACAUCCAAUACUAGAGGAAUCUUACAGUGUAAGCGAUGGUGAGAGAGAAUCUGUUUCUUCUAGAAUUCUCACAGAAGUAGCAAAGUGGAUGGAGCGCUUUGAUUGCAUCGUUGUUGGUCCUGGCCUUGGAAGGGACUCAUUUCUUCUGGACUGUGUAAGUAAUAUCAUGAGACAUGCACGGCAGGCAAAUAUUCCAACAGUCGUUGACGGGGAUGGCCUUUUCCUUAUAACCAAUAACCUUAGUCUUGUUGAGGGUAACUUGCUUGCCAUCCUAACACCAAAUGUAUACGAGUACAAACGUCUUGUCCAGAAGGUUCUUAACUGUGAAGUAAAUGAGGAAAACGCUUCUGAACAACUUACUGCACUAUGCCAAAAAAUCGGUGGCAUAACCAUCAUGCGGAAAGGAAAAGCAGAUAUAAUCAGUGAUGGCAAAACUGUAACACAAGUAAGUACCUUUGGUUCCCCAAGGAGAUGUGGUGGUCAAGGUGACAUUCUUUCAGGAAGUGUUGCAGUAUUUGCAUCAUGGGCACGUCACUUUCUCCUGACGAAUGAGUACCCUACAGAGAAGAGCGUGAAUCCGAUGAUGCUUGGGUGCAUUGCUGGCUCUCUACUACUUAGGAAAGCUGCAUCACAUGCUUUUGAGAAGAACAAGAGAUCAACUGUCACCACUGACAUCAUUGAGUUACUGGGCAAAAGCUUGGAAGAUAUAUGCCCUGCUGGUCAUUAGUUUAGAUCUUUACCAUCAUUGGUGGUACGGCGCCUUAGCACCUGUAAUAAUGGUAAUCCAUAUGUUCGGAUACCAGUCUCUCCCUGCUUAAUGUACAUGUUUCUUGACUGAAAAGAUGGUGUUACAAUGCUUGGUUUUGUUUAGCCUCCGUUUUGCUCAGAAGAAUUCUACAGAAUGAAUAAUGAAUUGCCCCAUAAAUGGGGCUUUGAUUUUGGAAAAAAAUAGCCCAAAUUUGCUGGAGUAUGGAUUAGGCCCGUUUGAGCUCCGGGGUGGUGAUCCCCGCAAGGAUCAAAGUGCAGCUGCAAGAAGAAAAGGAAUGGAGGGGAAACUGUACCAAACAGAAUUCUGGCACAGCUCAAAUGUCUCAUGAUAUGCCUAUGCAAAUUCCAGUUGUGUACAGUUUUGAGCACACGUCAUUGGAGCCAAAGGUUCUUCACUCCUUCACUGUCUUGUCGCAUCUACACUGAAGGAAGCUGUUUGCGUCACGCUGUAUUCUGAGAUUCGAAAUUGUUUCUCAACAAGUCAAGCAGAGCUGUGUGCCUGUGACAUCUGUUGUCAAUUUUUUCAUGCAUGAUUGGAAGCAUCCUUCUAUCCGUCAUGUUCCA